GUUUAGCUUUACGUACGUUUGACGUCAAGCUAACCGGUGCUUUUUGAAUCCGAGCGCGUAUUUCAGCUUCUCUGAAGUUCUUAUAUAAUUUUUAGAGAAAUGGAGGCCAACAAAGAAUCACCUAGUGCCUUUAAAACGCCUUGCAAGCCUGCAAAAAUGAGAAGCCCAGUCAGUUCAUGUGGAACCCCAGUCACUAUUCCUGCUUCUCCCUUCAUGAAGAAGCUCGGCUGUGGGACUGGAGUCAAUGUCUAUCUCAUGAACAGGAUGGGUAAGCACACUCACUCACCAUGGGCCAUUAAGAAGAUCAAUAGCAAAUGUGUAAAAAGUCAAAUGACAGUUUAUCAGAAGCGUCUGUGCGAGGAGGCAAAGAUCUUAAAAGACCUGCACCACCCCAACAUUGUUGGUUUCAGAGCUUUUACCACUGCAAAGGAUGGCUCUAAGUGUUUGGCGAUGGAGUUUGGCGGAGAGCAGUCUCUGAAUGACCUCAUUGAGAAGAGGAGAGAGGAGGGUCUACAGGCAUUUCCAGUGGCCACUAUUGAAAACGUGGCUCUUCAUGUGGCACGUGGUUUACAGUAUUUGCACAAUGAGAAAAAGCUUUUGCAUGGAGACAUGAAGUCAUGCAACGUUGUCGUCAAGGGCGACUUUGAAAGCAUCAAAAUCUGUGAUGUUGGUGUGUCACUGCCACUGGACGAAAACAUGCAGGUGAAUGAUCCAAAAGCCCACUAUAUAGGGACAGAGCCGUGGAAGCCUAAGGAAGCUUUGGAGGAUGGAGUUAUCACAGACAAAGCUGAUAUAUUUGCGUAUGGACUCACUCUGUGGGAGAUGAUGACACUUUCUGUUCCUCACCUGGAGAUACUGGACACUGAGGGGGACGAUGACGAUUGUGAUGAUACCUUCGAUGAGGAUGAUUUUGAUGAAGAUGCGUAUUAUGAGAGACUGGGAACUCGGCCUGCUUUGGACGCAGACACUCUUGGAGGGGCUUAUCAGAGGAUGGUGGAGCUCUUCUGUCUGUGUACAGAGGAAGACCCUCAUAAACGACCUUCUGCAGCUCACAUAGUUCAGGUGCUGGAAUCAAACACCCAGCUUUGUGACAAAAGCAGUGAGGUCAUUGUAAUUGAUUAAAUGUUUACUGUUCGUUUCCUGUCAAAUAUACUGUUGGGUCUGGUUGCUUUUCUGUCUAUAGUCUUUCUGUCUGCGUUUUCACAUUCCUAGUACUUUUAUGCUGUCGUGUUAUGUAUGUUUUUAUGUACUCUAUUGACUUUCAGUGAUUCUAAAUACAGUAGUUGCAGUGCAAUUUAUUUAAAUUGAUUAUUUAAAUUGUCAUUUAGCAGACACUUUUAUCCAAAUGAGGACAAUGGAAGCAAUCAAAACAAAAGAACGUGCUGUAACAAGUCUCAGUUAUCAUAACGCAGUAAGGUUUUUUUUAUACGUUGUAUAAUAAAGGAGAAUAGCAAGCUAGUGUUAGAGGCCUUUUUUUGCUUUUGUUAAUUGUAUAAGUAAAAUUAAAAUGAACUAUGGUCUUAGCAAAAUCAGCACACACAUCUGCCUUAUGAAUUAUUUUAAUUUUACAAUCUUUCUGGAUGGGAAUUAUUUUUUUUUAUGACAAAGGGCAAGUCCUUACUAUAAUAAAAGUAAUUUAUGUAACAUGGAAAUAUCCACCUGAAGUUAAUAUGCCCUCUUGUGCCAUGUGAUAUAUUCUAAACUAAGUGUUUUUAAAAUUGUGUUGCUAUGGAUGCAUAUGUUAUUGCAUGGGCCAGUUGUACUGUAAAAUAUUAAAUGUUAACCAACAGAA